AUGGAAGACGCCAUGUCCCAAGACGCCACCAGUCUUCUCCAGCAGCUACGAGAGGAGCUCCAGCUAGAACUUGGCGCCGACACCAAUGCGCGGAGGCCGUGGUCGUUCACCCAGGGGCUCAUUUUGGGCCAGGUGCUGGUGAUCGUCGUCAUCGUCGUGUUCAUCAAGUUCUUUGUGUUUUCCGACCAGCAGACGAAAACCACCUUUGACGAGCUGGCAGGCUCAGUGGUGGUGAAACAUGAUGACGAGGAUGAAACACCGAGGCAACUGAAGAUCCUCGAAAAGACCUAUUACGAUGUUAAGAACCACCCGCCGGAAACCCUCGAUUGGUUCAACGUGCUUGUGGCUCAGGCCAUCAGCCAAUUGCGGAUGCAAGCCCUUUUAGGAGAUAACAUCUACCAUUCGCUUAAUAACUUCUUACUGCUGGCGUCGUUCCCUGAUUUCCUCGAUCGGAUUAAAUUGACUGAAAUUGAUAUUGGUGACGAUUUCCCUAUAUGCUCUAACUGUCGUGUUUGUUCGACCCCCGAGGGGCUCCAAACGUUGAUUGACGUCGACUUGUCCGAUACGUUGACGCUUGGCAUCGAAACUAAGUUGCUUUUGAACCAUCCACGUCCGUUAACCGCGGUGUUACCCGUGGAGUUGACGGUGCUGAUUGUGCGGUUUAGCGGCUGCUUAGGCAUCACGUUAGUCAAAGAAGACAAAAACGAUGAAAACCUGCCCACGCUGCUUAUGCUUCUGUUCUCGCCUGACUACCGGUUGGAAAUUAGUAUUAAGCUGUUGAUUGGGUCGCGGGCUAAGCUACAGGACGUGCCGAAGAUUCUGAGUGUGAUUGAGGCCCAGCUUCGGCUGUGGUUCACUCUGAGGUAUGUGGAACCGCAUAGUUUUAAAGUGAAGUUGCCUCACAUCUGGGCCAAACCGGAAGCUAAUGCCACUUGA